AUGGCUGUCUUUGCUCUGAUGGUUGAAGAGACUUGUCAGAAUGAUGCUGCAACCAACGAUCCAGAUCCUCUCAAAAGCAUCAAUAUCUCCGCCACCAUCUUCACCCAAGUCCUCUUUCUCUCUCUCCUUCUUCGACUUGCUUUGGCUCAGAUCUCAUCCUGUCAAGCGUCUCUUCUUCUUCUCUGUUCCUCACUUACAAUCUUCUUCCUUCUUCGAUUCCAUCGUUCCCAAGCUCAAACGCUCCCUCUCUCUCUCUCUCUCCAACACUUUAUUCCUCUCGCCGGAAAUAUUAUUUGGCCUUCCGAUUCCGACUCAGUCAAACCCGUCGUCCGAUACGCUCCAGGAGAUGCUGUCUCUCUCACCAUAGCAGCUUCUGAUUCUGAUUUCAGCCAUUUCUUGGAUAACUCACCUCGCGACGCCUCCGAGUCUCGUGCUUUCGUGCCGAACUUAGAUUCAUCUGAUUCAUCUGCUUCGGUUCUUUCGCUGCAAAUCACUCUGUUUCCCGACAGCGGAUUUUGCAUAGGCAUCAGCGCUCACCGUGCCUGUUCGGAUGGAAAAUCUUCAUCUAUGUUCAUCAAGACAGGGAAGUUAUCCUCGAUCCACGUGGACUUUGCCUCUGCAUACAUUAAUGAUCAGACUCAGAAGAACCGGCCAAGCUUGAAGAUUUUAUCCGAAGUGUUCCGGCCGAAAGUGGACGACUCGGAUCGAGCCAUAUUCGAGCUUAGACGUGGAGUUUUGGAGAAGAUAAAGGAAAGGGUAUUACAGAAAUGGGAGAAUCAUCACAAGGUGAAAGAAGAGAUCCCAGAAGAAUCAUUAGCACUUUCAAAGCCUCAAACUUUAUCAACCUUUGUGCUCACAACUGCUUAUGUUUGGGUCUGCUUCGCCAAAGCCAUGGAAAGAAUAACUGAACAGAAGACAAAGAAAGUGUUAUUGGGGUUCGUAGUUGAUUGCAGGAACAGGUUAGAGCCUCCAAUCCCUGAAAACUAUUUUGGAAAUUGCGUGAUGUCUCAAGUGACAGAAACACUUCUCGAAAACCUUACCAAUGAAGAUGGGAUAGUGAUAGCAGCUAAGAAAGUACACGGAAAGACAAUGAAAAUGCAGAAAGAGAACGGCGUGCUUCAUGGAGCAGAGACGUUGUUCUCAAAGUUUUCUUACGCGAGAAAUGAAGAGAACCGAGCUAUAUGCAUAGGAGUAGCCGGGUCGACGCGGUUUGGGGUUUAUGGAGCGGACUUUGGAUGGGGAAGGCCUGAGAAGGUGGAGAUAACGUCGGUGGACAGAAAUGUAACAAUGGCGAUGGCAGAGUGUAAAGAUGGUAAUGGAGGGGUGGAAGUUGGACUCGUUCUGAAGAAGAAUGUGAUGGAACAAUUUGCUUCGCUGUUUCGAUCGGAGAUGGAGUCUUUUUGAUAUUCAACUACAGAAAGAGGCAGAUGAAACUAUCUUUGUUUGAAUAAUUCAUAAAUAAUAAUUUCGCUUCUAAAA